UAAUAUCAUCCCUGUUUUACGGAUGGGGAUCUGAGACACCAAGAGGUUAAAUGUCCUGCCUGAGGUCCCACAUGAAGUCUUUGCGAGAGCUGAGAUCUGAACACACAUCUCCUGAGCCCCAAUCCAGUGCUUUAACCACAAGACUGUCCCUCCUUCCUUAGCACUCAUUACCUUUUCAAUUUGGCAAUGUCUUCCCCUGAAAUCGCUUCCCUUUCAUGGGGUCAGAUGAUGGUGAAAGGUUGUUCUACAACUUAUAAGGACUGCAAAGUGUGGCCAGGAGGGAGCCGAACCUGGGAUUGGAGAGAAACAGGGACAAAUCAUUCUCCAGGUGUGCAGCCAGCUGAUCUUGAAGAAGUUGUCAAGAAGGGAGUUAAAACCUUAGUGAUCGGUCGUGGCAUGAGCGAGGCCUUGCAGGUACCAGCAUCUACUGUGGACUAUCUCAAGAAAAAUGGGAUUGAUGUGCUAGUCCUGCAAACAGAGAAGGCUGUGAAGGAGUACAAUACACUGGUUGCUCAAGGUGUCAAAGUGGGAGGCAUCUUCCAUUCAACAUGCUAAUGAAUUAAACAAUACAACCCUCUUUCCCUCUUAGCCAAAAAGUCUUGUGCCUUUUGACUGAAUAAAUGAUAAUAGUCAGUAUUGGGGCUUUAUAGUUCAUAUUUCCCACUGUACCAAAGCUUGGAUGAAGACCUAAAACAGAGAGGAGAAAUACAGUAGUAUGGAAUUUAAAUGAAUCUAAUUGCUCACAAAUGUUCUUCCACAGUGCUGGAUAUGGUAGACUAUUUAAUCAUGAUUCCCUACACUUGUGAUUUUGACCUAAUCCUCUAGAUCUGAAGGUGUAAUUCAUCUUCUGACCAUUAAUGUUUGGCCUAGCUGCUGAAGUAAAAUAUUCACUUUUAAAACCUGUUAGGAAAUGAUCUGAGACUUCACUUCUUUUCAGAUUUGCAAUAGCUAUUGGAUGAUCACAUUUGGCCACUACCAUCAUGUGUAUGAAAUGGUGUAUAAAAAUGGUGAUAAUCUCUGCCUCCCAUUGCUAAUCCCUUGAGCUGUCCAAACUCUUAGCAGUGCAUGCAGAGUGAAAUGAUGGUGUAUUUGCUUCUUUGGGAUGAAUACUCUUUUCAUAACUUAUGAUUUGUAAACUUUACAUUACAUGAAAACAAGUCACUGGAGCUAAAGAAAAGAUAGCCUUAGUAGUGAGAAAGUGAGCCCUCUAUAGCAAUAUGUAGUAGUACACCUCAAUAAGGGGGGGAAAAAACCCCGAACAUAUGGCAUAAGCAGUGGGAUUACUUCAAACCCUGGCUUUAUAGUUAAUGAAAGUGAAAGCUAGUGUGCAGCAUAUUAGACUGGCCGAUCCUUGCUAACGAGCUGGGGAAUGGCGGUUGGAAUUUUUAGAUUAGGUGCUGACGAUCAGCUGGACAUUAAACACACAUGUAGAUUUUUAAUAAAAGCUGCAGAUUUUAAACCUGA